UCGAUUCAGAGAGCCGAUUCGCCCACGAGUCGGGCAUCGCUACCUCGCCAUGGCGGCCGAAGGCGCUCAGUUGGCCGGUCUGGUGGAGGAAUUUGUGGCGGGACAGGCGGACAGUAAGGCUGCGGAUGUUGCAGAAGGUGUCAAGGCUGGACACUUCACUGUUCUCGAGCUGGUUGAGGCGCUGGGGUUGAGCCUGACGAGCUCUCAGGCGCAGACGCGGGGCAGAGGGGUCCAGCUCCUCUCUGAGGUCCUACAGGAAUGCUAUAGCAGCCUUUCCGAGAGGGAGGUGGAGGUCCUGAUCGCUUUCUAUGAGAACAGGCUGAAGGAUCAUUAUGCCAUUACGCCGCAUGUUCUCCGGGGGCUCAAGGCCUUGGCGAAGAGCUCAGUCCUGCCUCCUGGCUCUGCAGUGUCUAUGCUGAAAUCCCUUUUCCAGGACGUCCAUGUGCAGUCUUUGAUGCUGGCUGAGAGAUCGUCUGUCUACAACAUGCUGAUCAGCCUCAUGGAGUCGAGGGAGGAGGAGCUCAAGGGUUUGGGCCCAGACUUCGUGUUUGGGUUUGUGCAGGCGGUGGACGGAGAGAGAGACCCUCGCAACCUCCUGCUGGCAUUCCAGAUCGCCAGGAACAUCAUUCACAGAGGCUACGACCUCAGUCAGUUCACAGAGGAGCUCUUUGAAGUCACAUCCUGUUACUUCCCCAUAGACUUCACACCUCCACCCAACGACCCUCAUGGGAUCACGCACGAGGAUCUGAUCCUGGCUCUCCGAGGCGUUCUCACAGGAACACCGCGCUUCGCAGAGUUUCUCCUGCCGCUGAUCAUCGAGAAGCUCGACUCAGACGUCCAGAAUGCCAAAGUGGACUCUCUGCAGACUCUGGCCGCCUGCUCGCCUGUCUAUGGACACAAAGAGCUGGCUGAGUUCCUCCCGGGCUUGUGGUCCUCCAUACGCAGAGAGGUCUUCCAGACGGCGAGUGAGAGAGUGGAGUCCGCGGGUCUCGCAGCUCUCGGCGCACUCACAUCCAGCCUGUCUCGCUCUGUCCUCACGUCAGACUCUGAGGACGCUCUGCAGGUGUUCCUGGAGCUCGUCCUCAAAGACUGUAAGCAUCAUCUCUGUGAGCCAGACCUGAAGCUGGUUUGGCCCAGUGCUAAACUACUGCAGGCGGCGUCCGGCGCCUCCUACAGGUCCAGCCUGAUUGUGACGGCGGAGGUGCUGCCCGCUCUUCUGGAGCAGUACAGCUCCAGAACUCAGUGUGCUCAACGGCGCACCCUGCUGGAGGUUUUACAUGGUUUCAUCCAGCCCACUCCGAGCAGCCGGCCUGCAGAGGGAGAGGAGACCGUGCUGUUGCCGUUCCAGAAGCCUCUGUGCAGCGCCGUGUUCUCCGCUCUGGCUGAGUCCAGUGCCGGCCUCCAAAUCACCGCUACCAAAGUUCUCACCACCCUGGGGCAGCAGCCCGGCCUUCUAGCGGAUUCGGACGUGGAGAUGACGGUGGACCAUCUGACCAGGCUAGUUCUGGAGGAGGAGGACGCUCAAGUCAGUUUGGCGGUAGUGGAGAGCAUAGGAUCGCUGUCCCGUCUCCAUCCCGCAGCCUUCGCCUCCCGAAUGAUUCCAAGACUGAAGGAUGAAAUAUUCUCAGAACCCAUGGUACAAGGAGACGACUCCUCUCCAUCUCAGGGUUGGUCUAAGGGUGCCGCCCGGCAGCGGUGUGUGACAGCGCUGGCCUCAGUUUCCACCGAGCCCGGUCUGGUGCAGCAGAGUGCGCCGGUGCUGCUGGAGGUUUUAGCGUCUGUGCAUGCAGGUAGCAGCAGUUUCUCUGUGGAAGACGUGACUUCGGUGUGCCACAGUCUGCAGAGGAUAGCCGAACAGGCCCGAGGUUCGGAGGAUAUAGGCCGCUUUUUCCAUGACGUCAUCAUUCCUCGACUGCUGGGAAUGGCUCUUCAGGCAGCUCUGCAGAGUCAGAAGUGCUCAGAUCUCAGCAGCGCUCUCACCCAGGAGGCCGUGCUGUUGGCUAUAGUUCCUGUAAUAAGCACAGCCUGUGCAGAGCUGCAGACAGAACUGGCUACCCAAAUGGCUGUCCAGGUCGUGUCCCUCUUCCUAAACGGAGAUGUGUCCUUCCUCCCGGAAAAUGCCUACCCGUCCCAAAUUCAGCUACUGAAGAGUCAGUCCGAGUCAUGGAACCAGUCUCAGCUUGUGUGUCUGCUCAUGGCCUGUGUGUGCUCCCUCCCACGCAGCGUGGACAUUCCUGACAUGGACAGGCUUCUGGGACAGCUGGAGGAGCUGAGCUGCAUGUGCACACAUACCUUCUCCUACACAUCGGGCGCAAAGUGCUUCGCCGGCCUGAUCAACAAGAGAGCAGCAGGCCGAGCCCUUGAUGCAGUGGUGGAGAAGACGCUGGAGAGAAUCAGAGCAACGUUAGACUGUGAAUCAUCUGCACAGCGGAUUCAGGCCUUCACUUUACUAGUCUGGGUGGCCAAAGCUCUGCUGCUGCGGUACCAUCCUCUGUCCACUGUCUUCACUGACAAGCUUUUCUCACUGCUAAGCGAUGCUGAGUUGGGUUCUCAGGCAGCCGACAGUUUCUCCCUCCUCAUGAGCGACUCUAGCGACGUGCUGAACCGUGGCUGCCACGCCGACGUGCGCAUCAUGUACCGGCAACGCUUCUUCGCCGAGAACUCCGCCAAACUCAUAGAAGGCUUCACCAGCGCGGAGAAAGACAAGAAGUCUGUUUAUCUGAAGGCCUUGUCUCACAUGGUAAACAACCUGCCCAGGCAGGUCCAGCUCACGGAGCUCCCUGCGCUGCUGCCCCUCCUGCUGGAGGCGCUGUCAUGUCCUGACCAGGCAGUGCAGCUCUCCACGCUGUCCUGCCUUCAGCCUGUGCUGCUGGACCCUCCCCCUGCACUGACCACUCAGCUGGAGGCCCUGUUCUCCCGUCUGCUGUCUCUCACUUCCAGCCCUUCGAUGAAAGUACGGAUUGCUGCCCUGCGCUGUGUCCACGCUCUCUCCCGCCUACCUGAACACCAGGUCCUGCCUUUCCGAGCCAGAGUGCUGAGAGCUUUGGCUGCUCCUCUGGACGACAAGAAGAGGCUGGUGAGGAAGGAGGCCGUGUCUGCGCGAGGAGAAUGGUUUUUGUUGGGGAGUCCAGGGGGCAGGUGAAGACCCCAGGGCUGCAGUCAGUCACACUGGGGGAGAAGUUCAAGUUCCCUGUGAGAGAGAACCUGCAUAGAUUCUCCUCUGGAGACAAACACCUCACCAUCCUCAGCCUCCACCUCACUAACCCCACCCCCAGAAAUCUAACUGCGUCUACUCUAAACACGCACAGUCUGAGUUCUGGCCGAGUCCGGUCUAAACAGACACUGGGAGCUACUUUUAUGGAAAUGUACCAAAAUACUGCACUGUAACGUUUUGCCUUUAAAGCAGCCAGUCAGCUGGUUUUGUCCAGCAGGUGGUGCUGUAGCUCUGAGCCAACAUCUUGUGCCAUUCCCGGUUAAUGCUGGUUAGAGAUGUUGAAUUGUUAUGAACGCUUUUUACACCUGGGCAGCACCUUUUUCUCUUCUGCAGGACAAAAACCUAAGCAGUUUUAUGACGCAGCAGAUGUCAAACUGAAGGACGAGAACCUGGUUGUCCAACUGAGCGUUCACUGACAUUUGAUUGUGGAUGAAUAAAUAAACUGACUUCAUUUUUUAAAUUUGACUAGAUUCUGUGUAUUAAGAUUAACAAACUUUCCUCAGUGUUUUAAACGGUUCUUAAGGCUGCAGGGUUUAUUGGGUGACUAACUAACACUGGAACCUCACGGUGAAACUUAAGCCAAGGAUAUAGUGGGUAAUAUUUAAGUGUCAAUAAGUUGUCAAUAAACCUCUCUUUGUAAA